AAUUGCAAGACAGCGAAGCUACGACCACCGGUUCAAUCGCAGCAACGAACCCGCGGUUUUAAACUCCUCCACGCCGAACUUGUCAUACUUGCUUCUCCGAGGAAACGAAAGUAACAAGAGGAACAAAGCUCAGCCUCCACCUGCGACCGCGAAAAAAAAAAAAGCGAAAACCAUGGCGUCCGUCCUCGGAAAGCGCAAAGCGCCCUCUGCGUCGGCCAGCAAGCCAGCUGCCACGGCGGCAUCAAACAAGACUGCCUCCUCAUCAGCAUUGAAAAAGAAGAAGAGCGCCGAGAGCCUCAAGAAGUCUGGCACGACGGCAGCGACGAAGAAGAAGACGACGGCUACCGCAAAGACGAAGGCGAAGAAGGCCGUAGAGAAGGAGGAAGAGGAGGAGGAUACAUCCAUGCUGGACGCGCAAGAGAUUUUCAGACGGCACUUUGAGGCCCAAUUUAAACCGAUUGAGAAGGCCGUGCCGAAGAAGAGCAAGAAGAGCAAAGUCAAGGCUGCAGAGGAAGCGGAGGAGGACAGCGCGAGCGCAAGUGAUGAGGAUGUGAAAGACGGCGAGGAAGACGUCUUUGAGGAUGAGGGUGCUGACGGCGACGAAGGAGAGGGAGAGGAAUGGAGUGGACUCUCUGGCGACGAAGCAGAAGACGACUACGAAGAGGACAGCGAUAUCCCCUACGACGACAUUGACGAGAACCCCGUCAUCGAGGUCGUAGACCAUACCAAAUCCAACGCCCAACCCAUCGUCAGCAUGAGCAAGCGCGAACUCAAGGCCUUCAUGUCCUCCAAACCCCCCUCCCAAACAGACCCCUCCCCAACCUCCCUAACAGCCGCCCAAACCCCCGAAGACCCCUCGGACGAAAACGACAAAUCCAUGCUCGCAAACGACCUCGCCCUCCAACGCCUCCUCUCCGAAUCCCACCUCCUCGCCCGCCACGCCGUCACCCCCUUCACAAACUCCGCCAACUCGCCCGCCUCCAAAUCCUUUUCCGAGGGGAAACUCCGCCAGCGCCAGACGGAUCUGCGCACGCAGUCCCUCGCCAGCGCGCAGGGCGUAUCAGGCGUCAAAUCAGUCUUUGUCCAAGAAAAGAUGCCCAUGGCGUUUCGAAAGGGGAUUGUCGCGAGUACGGCUGCGCGCGAGGAGAAGCGGAGGAGGACGGCGAAGGAGAAUGGUAUUGUGUUGGAGAGGGAGGCGCCGAAGAAGGUGGCGAAGCAGAGCGGGGGUAGGUUUGGACAGAGGGGUCUUGAUGGGCUUGAUGUUGGGAGGAUGAGGGGUGCCGAGCUGAGGUUGAGCGAGAGGGAUGUUCAGAAUAUCGAGGGCGGCGGCGGUGGACGCGGCGGACGUGGGGGGCGGGGCGGAAGGGGGGGAGGAAGAGGUGGUGGUGGUGGCAGGGGAGGCCGCGGGAGAAGGUAG